AUGUCCGCCUCCCUUCGCGCCGCGGCGCCCGUCGCGCGCCCUCGCGCGCCCGUGCGCUUCCGCCGCCGCGCCCCGGCGGUGAUCCGCGCCGCGACGACCGCGGACGCCGACUCCCCGCCGUACCAGGUUGCCGCCCGGAAGGAUCUGUACGAGCUGAGGAUCUACGGCGGUCACUACGUGUGCCGCGCGCCGUACAACAACCGCGAGAAGGGCCUCGCCGCGCUGAUGAGCUACAUCGAGGGGGGUAACGAGGAGUCGAAGACGUUCCCGGCGACCCAGCCGCUGAUCAUGCGGUACGAGUGCGCGCCCGGCACGGAGGACGUGGUGGGCAAGACGAUGGAGCUGUCGCUCGGCGCGGGGGUUGCCGAUCCCCCCGCGAGCGCGGAGCCCGAGGCCGUGGGGGUGGCGGCCGCGGGCGGGGAGCUCGUGGCGGUGGUGGGAUUCGAGGGCGUGGCGACGCCGGAGCUCGCGGGGGAGUACAGGAGGCUGCUGACCGCGGCGAUCCGUUCGGACGGGCUGGAGCUCGCCGAGCCGGAUGGGUUCAGGCUCGCCACGUACGGCCAGCUCUACUCCCUGAAGCCCCGGCUCAACGAGCUCAUGCUCAAGGUGAAGCCCCCGGGGGCGUGA